AGCCUGCCAGCGCCAGCGUCAGCGGCACCGCAGCCGGUCAGCGUCAGCGCCAGCGGCACCGCAGCCGGCCCCGUCGACAUGCAGCACGGCUAUUCGUUCCAUCCCUCGUCCGAGGGAGCCGGCGGCCGCGGUGUGCGCGGCCUGUUCGCCCAUUUCAGCGACUUGUUCAGCCAGUUCAGCCGCCACCUGGCGCCAGCCUACCACCAUGACCGGUGUGAGAGAUCUCUGCAGAUGCGCUUGUACUCCUUGCACAAGAGGGACUUCGUCCUCAUUUUCGUCGGCUUCUUCCUUUCAUUUUUCAUCGUCAUUCUGAUCGGAAUGGCAGGGCCUGCCGGCAUGGUCUCCAGCACGGUCAAGGCGUCUGAGCUGCAGACGCGCACCAAGGGCUUCAGCAUGGCGUCCGGGCCGUACGUCAUCAAGUCGCCGGGCGUGACCACGUACUCGCAGGAACUGUGGCUCAGCGCCGGGGUCGUGGUCGGCGGCGGCACAGAUGAAACGUUUGACAAGCGCUUCACGAUCGCCGUGGACGUGGAGGGUCUCUCUGAGGGACACGAAAAGCUGCAAGUGUUCAAAGAGGACCAGCUCUUCAAUAGGACGAGACACUUGCAGUGCUCCAACAAACGGUGUGACCCAGUCUCCCUUCUGCACCUGACGUACCUCGGGUUCACCAACUACCUCAUCGUGCUGCGGUUCCACGGCCUAGAAGACAUCAACAGACGAUACACGGUUAAAGACAUCGUGUUCCAGUUUCAGAGUUUUGAACCAACUUUCACACAGCUGCAGCUCUGGUUUCGGUUCAUCUUCCUGUUUGCAUCCUUCUCCGUUGCGUGCUGGUUCGGCUUCUCUCUGCGCCGCUUCUCCGUUCAGGACUGGUCGCUGGAGCAGCGGUGGACGGCGCUCCUGUUGCCACUCCUGGUGGCGCACAACAACCCGCUGUUCCCGCUGCUGUUCCUGUGCGACUCGAUCACCCCGCGGCUUCUGGACGCCAUGCUCCAAGCGUCGCUGGUCUGCGCCCUGCUCCUCAGCUGGCUCUGCGUCCUCCACGGCCUCAGACAGACCAGCCGCACAUGGCUGACGUUCUACGUGCCGAAGCUGGCGCUGGUCGGCCUGCUGUGGCUGCUCUGUACGGUGCUGAUCACAUGGCGCGGCCACCGCAGUCUGCGCGACCCGACCUUCACCGGCACCGAGCUGGGCCCUCUGCAGGGAGUCAAUACAUUCUUCUACGUCCUUGGAGGCGUUUACCUGCUGUACGUUUUGAUACUCAUCCUCCGCGCCUGCAGCGACCUGCGCUCAAUGCCCUACUUAGGGGUGCGACUCAAGGUUACCUGUCUCUCCAUGCUUAUCAUGACCGUGGUCAGCCUUAGUCUGACGUCACAUCGGCUCAGCCAAUCACAUGUGGCUAUGAGCUUCUCGACGGUGUUGGGCACCUCCUACACCUCGUCCACGCAGUUUCUGGCCAUCUAUGGCCUGAUGAACCUGUUCGUCUUCUGCAUGGCCUACGUGUACUCUCCACCAUCGGCCGACCGCCCGGGAGCCGAGCCCAGGGUGGUGAAGGACAACCCGGCCUUCUCCAUGAUCAACGACUCGGACGAGGAUGUGAUCUACGGCUCGGACGAGGAGAGCCGGCGCCCGCUGCACCGCAACAACGACGACGACGACAGCGACUGAGUCCGGCCGAUGACGCCGCGACGGUGGGAACGGCAAGCACCCGCGCUGUGGCAGCAGGCCGUGUACGGAAAUGGCGCGGCCGGCGCGGACGGCGCGUCGGAAGAAACGCCGGCAGGGAGGCGUGUCAGGACAAGGCCCGGCCCAUGGCGGCAGCUGCCGGCCCUCGCACAUGAGUGGCGUGUCAGGACAAGGCCCGGCCCAUGGCGGCAGCUGCCGGCCCUCGCACAUGAGUGGCGUGUCAGGACAAGGCCCGGACUGUGGCGGCAGCUGCCGGCCCUCGCACAUGAGUGGCGUGUCAGGACAAGGCCCGGACUGUGGCGGCAGCUGCCGGCCCAGAGUGGCACAUGAGUGGCGUGUCCCGCCUGCCAGAGCAGCCGCUGCUGUGGCGGCAGCUGCCGGCCCAGAGUGGCACAUGAGUGGCGUGUCCCGCCUGCCAGAGCAGCCGCUGCUGUGGCGGCAGCAGGCGAUGCGCGGCGGGCCGGCGAUGGACGCCGCCCUGAGCUGAGCACGGGGCUCUCCUGGGGAACGGCGCCAUGUGAGAAGAUGACAGCGGAGGAGAGCUGCAUGGUGUGAGGAGACGAUGGCACGGAGGGACGGGCUUAUGCGAGGGGAGGACGUGCUGUAAGCACAAAACGAAAUGAAUCGAGGAGAGAGCGGCAAGCGGGAACGAAAACUAUUCGUAGAACUGUCAAUGUUGCGAGGGACAGGACGAUACCAGACGACGGCAUGGUUGAAGGGGGGGGGGGGGCACGUGAGGACGGCGUGAGAACCGCAUGUUGUCAGAGAGGGGUGGAUGGAAAGACAGCCUGGUGUAACGGCCCCUCACGGAUCGGGUUCGAUCUCCCCUCGUCAUGUUGUGCACGAGUAUAAUGAGCGGUAAGUGGCGAGCACCCAGCAGGAAUGGGGUGCUGCGGAGUCACAUAAGCAGCUAUUUUACUACAUUCAUGUGCGACACGAUGUAACUUCCUCAGUAACUUGAAGGCUCCAAAAAUCGUAGCGGUUGUGCCCACAUCCUAGGCAGGUUCGCUUCGCUGUAUGUAAGCGACCAGGAGCAGCGUUCUUCUUAACACGCCAUGUGCAACUUUGCCUUUCUGUGGCGAAGAAGAGCCACCGUUCUUUUUCCAAGUGUACCUGUGCUACCAAAUACAUGUGAUGCAUGCGAUGUGA